CCUCCAGGGCUGCUGGUUCUGUUCCCUCCAGCUCUGGGAGCUGUCCACAGAGCCGUGGCUGUGGGAUCCUGGGUGCUGCUCCCCGGGCUGGAUAACACCCACAGCGAUUCCAUGUGCUGGGAAUUCCUCAAUGGCACCGGCCCCCACCCCAUCCUGCAGCACGAGGGGGGCACCCACGCCCCAGCCAUCCACGCUCCCUAUGCAGGACGAGCUGUUUUCCAUCCAUCCAAUGGAUCUCUCCUGCUGGAGGAUGUCCAGCAAAGUGACAGUGGCACCUACAGAGUGACUGUCAGCUCAGGAGGCAGGAGGAGCCUGGAAAUCCAGCUGGAAGUCCUCCAGCCUGUGUCCCUCCCUCAGCUCUGGACCAGCAAUCUCCUGGCUCGGGCCACCGGCCAGGUUGUCUGUGAGGUGGCAGAGGGCAGAGUGGACACCAUCACCUGGAAGAAGGAUGGGCAGCCCCUUCUCCCAGACAGAGUUCCCCAGCUGUCCAGCAGCCGCAGUGUUCUGUACCUGAGGCCAGCCAAGAAGUCAGACUGUGGCUCCUACUCCUGCAAUGCCAGCAACGGGAUCAGCUGGCAAGAAACCUCCCUGGAGGUCACCAUUGAAGGUCUCUCCCACCGUUUGAAGCACACCCUGAGGAUUGCUGUGAUCGCUGUGGUCUUUGCUGCUGUCUCAGCGUGGGGAUUAAUUAUUCCUGUCUGCCAGUCCGAAAAGCUCAGGAUAAGUGAGCUGGGGGGAGCGGGACCCCAUUUCCCUUGUCUGGCAGGGGAGAGCAAAGAACAUUGCUCUGGGAACCCCCAAAUCCUGGGAUAUCCUACAGCAUCUGGGUGGGGAUGGACUGCAUCCCACCCUGAGGAAGGGGUGAUGGCUGGCACAGGAUUCCCAGGGGUCACAGUAGUCACCCCGCUCUGCUCUGGGUUUUUAGGGGGGGAGCUCUGGAGGUGGCUUAGCUCCUACACCUGUGGGCUGGUGUGCAUCGCCUGCAUCCUGGAUGGCACCGCUGGCAUCCUCUGGAUGUGGGAGGAAGGCCCUUCUGUGGCUGUCAUACUGCCCGAGAUCACCCUGAGCUACCUCACUGUGGUGACCUUCCUGGUUGCCACCACCGUGAUUUUCCAACCUACAGAUUUCAGCCACCUGAAGUGCAAAAAGGCACAGCGCACCAUGGGCUACGCCGCGCCGGGGGCCGUGGUGGCCGUGGUGCUGAGCAGCACCUUCCUCAUCAGGAGCAUCUACCACCGCCACGUAGAAGAAGGAUGCACGGAGUUCAUGGACGUGACCAUCCUGGUGUGCAGCGCAGCGGCCGUGUCGGCCCUCCCGCUCUUCGCCAUUUGCCUCUGCUAUUUGUCUUUUACACGUCACACGACUCAGGGCUGGAGCAAGGACUGUGAUGACUGUUGGAUGGACAAAGCCAGGUCCUUUGAAAUGUCUCAGCCAGGCACCAAGGACACCAUUCCCAGCUGAGAUCCAUGUGGGUGCCCCUCAAUUGGCUAAGCAAGCCCAAGCCUUCCCCCAGGUUUAGGGGGUUCAGGGGUCUCAGUUUGGGUUCCUCUGUGAUCCUCAUAAUAAAUGUCCAUUAAAUUAA